AUGGUCGUGCUCGCUUACCUCAAGCGCGACCUCGCCAACGAGCUCGACAAGAACAACGACGGCAAGAUCGACUCGUCCGAGGCGGCUGGGCAGGGGCAGGGAUACCUCGAUAUGCUCGGCUCGCAAUUCGCCGCCAGAGGAGCGGUGCCGCCGGGAUCGGCGCCGGCGGCGACGGGGCUAUCCGUCGAUGGCCCGGCGGUGCACGCGAGUGGAUAA